AUGCUCAGAGACAGACCUCACGUCCGCCCACAAUUACCAUCGAUGAACAAGGAUGAGCCGCAUUUUGGCCAAACUCUGAUGGCCGCCCCCCAGUCAAACCACUCGGCGCCGCUGGAGUUGCCACAGGAAAUCGUGCACAUCAUCGUCAAUGAAGUAGCGGCUAUCUCCCUGCCAUCGGAUUCAGAUGCAGCUACAGACCAUUCUAUGGACAUCGGCACUCUCAAAGUUUGCUCCUUGAUAUCGAAAGCGUUCUAUUACGAAACUCGUAUCCAUCUCUUCAAUCGUGUCGAUCUCCACUUUGGCCAGGGAGACUCCACAUUUUCAACACAAAAACGUGCUGCAAAGUUUGUAAAAAUCUUAACACGGAACCUAUGCGGCGCCAAUCUGGUUUCCACCAUUCGCUUCCUGACCAUCACCAUUCACGUUCCCAAUCCUGAUCCACCCACUUUGAUGGGCAAAGUUCGCUUGCGGCUUGAAGGCAAACCACACCAGAUAAUGUCACGAGCGGGACUCGUCAAGGACAACGUCAUGAAGCUCCUGGAAGUUAUGGCUUGCAGUAAAACAUUGGACUCCUUCAAUUUACAUCAAAAACCAGUUGGACGACAUGCUUGGGAUAGCAAAUACAAUCCUUUCAUUGCGCGGAUAUGUUCAAACCCAUUACUAAAGUCUUUGACUCUCAAUGGCAUUACCGACCUCCCGUUCUCGAUUCUUCUCAAUAUAUUCACCUCGGAUAGUCUGCGUGAAGUGACCUUCUCAAAUAUGUACUGGCUCAGGCAGAAUGCAAAUGAACUACGAAACCUUAUUAUUGCCAAGUCGCCAAUCAUCUCAAAAAUCGAAAAACUGGACCUUUCCAAUACCCCGUACAUGUACUUUCUGCACGCUCUUGGGGCUGGUGACAUUUUUCCACCAUCGCAAAACCCUGUUGAAUUGAUUGUAUCAUUUCCUCGAUUACGGGAACUAGUGGUUUGUGUCCCAACAAGAAUCGAAGAAGAACGUCAUUGUGUUCAAAAAUUUAUCUCGCACACUGCAUCCACCAUAGAAUACCUCGAGUUUCAAUACGAAUGGACACAACGUAGCUCUACUGUCUACAUGCCGGUCAAUCAACUCGAGCGACUACGUGACCUAAAAUUUACAAUAUCAGCAUCAUUAUUCGAGACUGAAGCAAGUCAGCUAGCCAUGAUACAGCUACUUCCUUCGGAAUCGUCCAUUCCGUUAACCUCCAUAACUGUCGAAAUCGAAGUAAACUUGAUGCAGUUCCGACCUCAUGCCUCUACAUAUUAUGAGGAAUUUGCCCGUGUAUUUUUUGCCCCCGGCUCAUCCUGGGAGGUUUUGGACGCUGCCUUCGCUCGACAAAGUUUGGAGAAUCUGAAAAAAGUUGUAUUUGAAUACAACCUUGUGCAUUUCCAGGUGCAGGGCACCACAGUUUCUUUACCACAGAAAGAGGCUCCUAUCGAUCCCCAUAUUCUAUUUCCAAGGUUAUCCAGCAACCCAUCAAUGGAUGUCCAAAUCAACGUAACUUCAACCUUUUUACCAGUGAUAAUAAUGAUUUGA